UUAGUAGUCAAUCACAGACCCUUAUCUGAAUACCUUCAAAAUCCCGGUGCCUUAGUUCAUUUGACAAUAGACAAGCCGUGUGUUCUGGACUGCCGAAAUUAGAAUCGCCGGAAAAUAGUUAUUCCAAAUUAUCCUGCCCCCACCCAUUUUCAUUACCAAUGCCGAUCCACGAUCGGGCGAAGGCCCGUUUGGAACACGAGGUGGUCCUCCUGCGUCGCGAGGUGGCCACCCUGCGCUGCAAGCAGAGUCAGAACCGUAAAAACCGCCAGAACCAGGCGGUAAUGCAGGCGCGUCUGGAGCAGGAGAUCCAGGAGCUGCAGAACAAGCUGUCCGCCGAGCGGGCUGAGCGGGAGAGCGGCGGAGAAGAUCAGCGCAACGUGUUGAAUCAGAAGCUGGAGAAGCUGGACGAGCAUGUGGUGAAGCAGGAGAUGUACAUUUCCUUCCUGGAGAAUCAGAUCAACGAAACGCGUACCAAGUACCAGAAGCGGAUGUUCGAUGUCCGCCAGAAUGCCGAGCUGGUCGAAAAGGAGCUCAAGAGAGUGCGCCAUGAGGUGAAGACCAUUGCCGAGAAAGCCGGCGAGUUGGACCGCCUGCAGAAGGAGGUGGGCUUUCUCAGCGCAAAGCUGGAACGCCGGAACACUAUUAUUUCCAAGUACGAGGCCCAGCAGGAGGAGAUGAUGAGCGUCAUGGCGGGUCUCCAGAAGCUGUUUGAUGACAAGAAGCGCAGCAAGCAAGGCCAUCAUCAUAGGGUCCAUUUCUGCGAAGAGGUUGGGGCUGAUACCAUCGAUCCUAAGGAGCCACCAGUUCCUAAUGAGCCACCAGUUCUUAAUGAGCCACCAGUUCCUAAGGAGCCAUCAGUUCCUAAGGAGCCACCAGUUCCUAAGGAGAAUCGCAAGUCUGCCAAGCGUAGGCGGGACAACUUCUACUGCCUCUGCUCGGCGCUAAAGAAAAAAUGUAACAGCCAGGAGCCCCUAACUGACGACCAAUAAAUACGGACCAGGAUCCGAUGUCCUGACGUUGUACCAAGCUGAUUCCAUAUCCAAAAUUUCAGUUUGACUAUCAUAGUGCUUAUCUUAGAGCACCUCAUCGCAAAAUUUUUUUUGUAAUUGAAUACUUUUGUAACAGAAAUAAAUAUCGCUUAUAUAAACAGUCGGUGGGUAAAUGAACCAAACGGAACUUCAGUCAGC